AUGCCCAAAGCCAUGGUCUUCAAGAAGCCUGCUGCCCCCAUGAAAGCCAUGAAGGUGGUCCACAAGGCAGCUGCCCAGAGCAGGAAGGCGAAGGCCAAGAAGAAGUCAGCACCUGUGUGCAAGGCGAAAGCCCAGAAGAAGCCAGCAGCCAACUCCAAGACCGAGAAGCCAGAUCUUCCGCCUCUAGAACCCUGGGAGUACGGCCGUGGCUGGGAGGAGUGGCAGAUGAUGUGGGCGGACCCCAACUACGAGCCAUGGGGGGGCCAAUGUGCUCUGCCCAAGGAUUUCCAUAGAAGGUACCGCACCAGUUGA